CACGCUGUAUCUCUCUCUUGUCACACCCCCAGUCUGUGACUGUGAGCACAUAAAGCUGCUUUACAUCAUUUGUCUUGAAUAGUUCACCGUAUUCACGGGUGAAUAUACAGUUGGGUUACGACUUAAUACGACACGUUUGCAUUUGGAAUUAAAAUACGUUUUGAAUGCAGAUACUUCAGGUGAAACCAACUGGAUAUUGUCGCCUUCUCCGUCAGAAUGAUUUAAAUAGCUAUUUUAAGUAUAAAACGAAAGCUUUAUUCUUUUAAAACGAAAGAAAACCAUUUCCGUCACCUGUAACAUUUGACAGUAGACGAAUCUUCUCACCCUGGACUAAAUCGAAUUAUUGGUACAUAUGUGAAAGGCCACAAGGGACAAUGUCUAAGACACAGAAAUCAAAGUCCAGGUCUCGCUCUCGAUCGGCCUCCAGAUCAAGAUGCCAUUCUGAUUCCCGCUCUCGCUCCAGAUCACGAAGCAGCUCUAGACCUAGAUCAAGGAAGCGCAGAUACGGGUCUCGCUCUCGGUCAAGAUCCCAUUCUCCGUCCCACAACCGGGAGAGGAACCACACGCGGGAGUACCAGAACCAACGGGAGUUUCGAGGCAAUCACAGAGGCUUCCGAAGACCAUAUUACUUCCGAGGCAGAGGUCAGGGCUUUUUUCGUGGUCGCUUUCAGCGUGGUGGAAGGGGUGGAUAUAAUAACUACCGUCCCAAAAACUGGCAGAACUUCCGGCAGCACCAUCAGCAACAACAACAGCAGCAGUACCACUCCAACAGCCCCAAGAGGGGCCACUCGCGUUCACAUUCUCCCAAGAAGCAGUUAAACAGCCCGCAGUCCCGCAGCCAUUCCCGCCGCUCUGACAGGUCGUCCUCAGGGAGAUCGCCUCAGUCGCACCAUUCUUCCUCCUCCAACUCUGGGUCUGCCAAACGCAGUUGCAAAGAUGUAAGAGAGGACAUCUCUGUGCCUGAAGAAACCCGAGGAGGAGGAGAUGGGGCUCUGGCAGAGCAGGUGGGAGGCUCUCCUGUGGCUGAAGGGAACUCUGAUGGAAACAGGACUGUGGAGAAAUGUCAGGUUUUAACAAAGCAUGACCCUAGUCCUAAAAGGGCAAGUCCUCAGGUUUUCUCCACUGUCACUAAUAAUGACCAAUCAAUUGACUCUGCAACCAACAAAACAAGUCCUGCUCAUAAUGCUCCUAAUAAAGGUGCCACCACCUGGCAGAAUGUUGAAACUGCACCUUCAAACACCAGCCCCAGAAAGAAAAGCUUUACACCAGUUUUCAAUGGUUUUGGGCUCUUUACAAAUAAUGAUCAACAGACAGAUGAUACAGUUACUAUCUCCACUGCAUUUGCAUUAGUGAAAUUCCUGGAGGAGCAAAAGCUUAAAAAACAGGCUUCUGCAUGGGACAACAACACACAUAAAGGGAAAAGUAAUGGAGAUAUAGUAUGUGAUAAAGAAAAUGGAGAAAUUGAAAAGGGCAUUGAGUUGUCUCGCACUGUAGAUCACCACAACGCAGGAGAGGAGAAAUCCAAAUCUGCCAGGAGUGGUGAUGGUAACAAGUUGUCCGUAAGCUCCACUGAAAGGGGUUCACGAAACAGACUGACAUUUCAGUGCGAGGAUGACGAGGACGAUGAUGAAGAAAUGGAGAUUUCUAAUAGGGCGAGGGAUAUGGAAAAUGAUCCCUGCAAAAGUAAAAGCAAAGUCACGCUGUCUGCUCGUGAAACGUUUGAGAAGCAUAUCAGGAGAAUGCAGGACAUGGCAUGGGAUGAUGAGCUGGAAGCUCUCCUGCUCUGCCAUAAACAGGAAAGAGCAGCGAAUAUUCUAGCUGCUCUCUCUAAGAGAGACCAGUUCAGUGGCAUGUUUAAGGAUCCCUCCCCUGAAAAGCUCUUUAAUGUUAACCGAAAGGAGAAAACCACAAUAAGUUCCUCUUCUAAACCCACACUGCUGCCCAGGAGGAGCUCUGAGAACCGCGAGCAAGAGAUGUUUGUGGUUAUGAAUGAGGAAUCCCCACCAAGAGCUUCAAUGAAAAGAAGUGAAUUCAGUGUGAGGAUGGAUUCUCUGAGUGAUGAUCUUGCAAGGACACCUGUUUUGACCAAUGAAAGAAGGAAUCUUCUGGAUUUAGUGCAUCUUGAUAAGAAGGAUUGGGAGUUUCAAUCUGUCCUUCAGCUUCUUCAGGCUCAGCAGUCACCCAAAAGUCCAUCUGAGCUGUUUGCCCAACACAUAGUUUCAAUUGUCCAUCACAUUAAAGCUCAAUAUUUUCCCUCCUCUGGAUUGACCCUAAAUGACCGAUUUGCCAUGUACCAGAGAAGAGCUGCUGAGAAAGAAUUCAUGAAGCAGAGAAAGAGUCCAGAGAUACACAGGAGAAUUGAUGUUUCUCCCAGUGCUUUUAAGAGGCACUCUCUACUGUUUGAUGAGAUGAAAAGCUCCAUGGAAAACAGUUUCAAGGUCGAUGGUAAAAAAUCUAAAGGUGAUUCAAUGGACCUUCGGCUGGAUAUUGAGCGCAGAAAGAAAUACUUGAGUGGAGAGCGAGAGCACAGAGAGGAAGAGUAUGAAGGAAGAGUAUCGAGGAAAUCUCCAGAUUCAAGCAAGGAAAUAUCCACUGAGAAAAUCUCAAAGAACCACAAAAAAUCUAAGAAAAGCAAGAAGAAACGGGAGUCAUCUUCCUCAUCGUUUUCCUCUGUUUACCAUGAAGAAGAGGCUGAGAUCAAGACAGAAGGCUUCUCCAAAGUCCAGCAGGGGCUUAGAGAGUAUGGAGAACCUGCAGAAAAAAGAUGGGCACGAGGAGGCUUUCAGCUUAGAAUACGUGGUAGAAGCUGGAACCGAGGAAAUUUCCAUGGAAGCAGUAAUGGUGAUUCACAGAUGAACAUGCCAGAAAAGAAUAAUGACUGGGAUCAAGAAUACACUCUCAAGAGCAAGAAAUACUUCUUACAGAGUGAAGGAGAUGGUGAGGCUGAGAAGAAGAUGAUUGACACACGAGAUCGUGGUCGCGGUCGCGGUAAUGCUAUUCGUGCAAAGGGACGUUUUAUCCUCCGGAGGGCCACAAAUACCAACACCACCAAUAAUACGAGCCCUAAAUGGGCCCAUGAUAAAUUCCAGGCCACUGAUGAUGAUGAUGAUGAAAGAGAACAGCAAGGAGAAGAUGUAGAACAGGACCAGUGAAAACGGAGCAGUAAAGAUGUUAUCAUACUUUAAACCCUGGGAUAAGACUUCACACACUUAAGAAUGGAUAUAAUAUCAGCAUCCUUAUGCAUCUAAAACUUUUUGAUAGGAAAGGGUCUUUUUUAUUGUAGGUUUCAUUUUAUAUUUUCAUGAGGAUGCUUUUGUCAGCUUAGUGGUAAAUUUUUUCGUUUUGUUUUUUGUUUGUUUUGUGUAAAUUUUACUGUUUACUGAUUAUUUGUGUGUGAAUUUUUAAUGUGUAAAAUACAAUUCAAUAUAAUACGAUACAUAUAUUGUUUACUGGCCACUCUGCAUUCUAGAUGUUAAUAUCAAGCAUCAAAAAUCCAUUUCAGUCGACCACUAGUUCAAAGGUUAGGUGCCUUCGAUGUACCAUAGUGCCUGAAGUGUAGAAUACCAGUAUAGAACUCUAUCUGGUUAUGUACCCAUUGUUGCUGUUGAAAAAAAAAAUAGAUGUACAUAUUAAUGUUUUGGAGACUUGAUUGAAACAUUUUGAGACCAAUGUGUGUCUACUUAUAGAAACAAAGAUCAUGCUAGUCAAAGAUGUCAACUUUGGAUACUUUGGAAACUGGACAAACAGCUUAUAGAGAAAGUUAAAAAUACAUGCAUUUACAAAUGUUUUGAAGACUGUAAGCUAAUUUUUGAUUCAUUGAGGUGCAAGUUUUUGACAAUAAGUGUGUGCAUACUGUUUUAUUAUGGUUUUUCUAAUGUGUGUCUUCAAAUUGUAUGCUUAUUUCUAUUGGCUAAGCACCUUCUUUAGAUGGAGUAAUCAUUUUGUCACUUAGAUACUAAUAAAAAGGUUAUUUUUAGUUUUGGGGAAUUUUAUUUUUAAGAGUUAAAGUAAAAAGAAAAUCAAUGAAAAGUGAAUGAUGGAUGCAUUCAUACUAAAAAUUGGAUUUUAGCUGUCUGGGAUCUGAUUUGCACUGUGUCUGAUAUAUACAUUUUGACUUGCAUUUAUAUACUCACAAUCAGAAAGAAUAAAAAAAUGCAGCAAUUUCA